CCCGCGCAGCCGGUGACUGGGGGACUGGGUUUGGAGUAGGACCUGCGGCGUGCUCGAGACUCCGACUUCGGUCUUGCGGCGCGCUGGCGCCCGCGGGCCAUGCCCCACUGACUCUAAGUGGGCACUGCCCCGGCUCCGGGAGGGCGAGGCCGAGCACCGGCCAUGGGAAGCUUCCAGCUGGAAGACUUUGCGGCGGGCUGGAUCGGAGGUGCAGCCAGUGUCAUCGUCGGCCACCCUCUGGACACGGUCAAGACUCGCCUGCAGGCUGGCGUUGGCUACGGAAACACCCUCAGCUGCAUCCGCAUGGUGUACAGGAGGGAGAGUGUGUUCGGCUUCUUCAAGGGCAUGUCUUUCCCCCUCGCCAGCAUUGCCGUCUACAACUCCGUGGUGUUUGGGGUCUUCAGUAACACGCAGCGGUUCCUCAGCCAGCACCGCUGCGGGGAGCCAGAGGCCAGUCCUCCCCGCACGCUGUCAGACCUGCUCCUGGCCAGCAUGGUGGCCGGCGUGGUCUCUGUCGGGCUGGGAGGGCCCGUGGACCUCAUCAAGAUCCGGUUGCAGAUGCAGACACAACCGUUUCGGGACGCCAACCUUGGUUUGAAGUCCAGGGCAGUGGCUCCUGCGGAGCAGCCAGCAUACCAGGGGCCGGUGCACUGCAUUACAACCAUUGUGAGGAAUGAGGGCCUGGCGGGGCUGUACCGGGGGGCCAGUGCCAUGCUGCUGAGGGAUGUCCCAGGCUAUUGCCUCUACUUCAUCCCCUACGUGUUCCUGAGUGAGUGGAUCACACCUGAGGCCUGCACAGGCCCCAGCCCCUGUGCCGUGUGGCUGGCGGGCGGCAUGGCAGGAGCAAUUUCUUGGGGGACAGCGACUCCUAUGGAUGUCGUGAAAAGUCGACUCCAAGCUGAUGGGGUUUAUUUAAACAAAUAUAAAGGUGUCCUGGACUGUAUCUCCCAGAGUUACCAGAAGGAAGGUCUUAAAGUGUUUUUCAGAGGCAUCACUGUGAACGCUGUGCGGGGCUUCCCCAUGAGUGCGGCCAUGUUCCUUGGGUACGAGCUGUCGCUGCAGGCUAUCCGCGGGGACCACGCAGUGACGAGCCCAUGAGCGCCAGGAGGUGAACACAGGAUGACUACAGUGUCCCCUGGGCCUCAUCUCUGCAUGUGAAGCCCUGAGAGCUGCAGAUGUUUGGCCUUUGGACCUCCAAGUGGACAUCAAUUAGCAAGCGUGGGCUAGAGUGGUGCAGACACUGACGUGGCCCUUCUGAUGCCUGGGAUGCCUCAUGAGUCACUGAUUCAAGCCCUCCAAGGUUCUGAUCCCCAAUGCCCACUCUGGUAGGCUGGCAUCAAAGAGCUUUCCAAGAAAUGUUUGGUCCAGCAGAGCAGUCCAGACCAUGAGCAUCAGGGAGCCAGAAACCACCCAGAGAAACGUUGCUUCGCUCCUCUGUCUGAGGAUGGGGAGGGGCCAGUGAACUCUGGGCUCAGCCACUCCCUCCAGUCUCAAGUACCACGUCCCCGUGCCUCCAGUCUCCUCUCAGCACUGACCAGGUUUUUCCCCGCUCCUGCACCCGUGGAUCCUGAGGACAGCGGUAGCGCCUUCCUCACCGCACGCUGAGUCCAGCGCGUGCUCCUCACUGUGCACUUAUUAGUGUCUGUUGAUUGAUUAAAUCACAUCCUCAGGUCUGCAGCAAAUAAAUGAAAGUUUCUUUAUUUUUUAUUAACUAAAUUGAGGUUUUUUUUCAAGCUGAUGACAGAAAAAAAUAAUUUUGCCAUUUCAGGGUAAAACUUCGAAAUUCCAAGUUAAAUGGCCAGUUCAAGAUUUUUUCCUUCUCCACCUUCCCCUGGGGUUGACUUUAGAUCUGGGAGGUUUGGGAUUUAGGGAGAGGCUUCAGGGUCCUGGGAGGUGCUCUGUCCUACCCUGGUGUUCUUCCUGGCUAGUCCUGGGCAUGGCUUUCCCUCCAGUGUGGCUUCUGUAUAAGCAUCUUCAGUCCCAUUUGGUCCCUGUCCCGUGGUCCGAGCCUGCCAUAUGUGCCCAUCCCAAGGCAUCUCCGGGCUUACCAUCCUCCAAGACACAUCAAUGCCCCUCUCUUCCCUGUGUGAAAAUCUUUGGUUUCUCUGUUGAAACUAUUCAGGGGGCUGCAUCAAGCCCAGGUUCCUAGGGCCAGCGGGUGGUCCUCCCUAUACCACACCUUAGGUGUGGUGGCGAGAGGCAUUCUCUUUUCAUGUCAUCUCCCAGGCCAUUCAGGGGAUACAGCUCAUGUGCCCUUCACUCUUGGUUUUCUACCCUCCCCAGGAGUUCUGCCCUCUACCCUGAGGCUCUGCUGGGGGCCAGGCAGAGAGCUCUUCUCCAGGGAACUCAGUAGUGUCUGCCAUCAUCCUCUCCUCUCGGACUUCUCUUCCAUAGUCCAAGGAGUUACUUUCUAUCCUAGGGCUAGGAAGGUUACCACUGGAAACUCUAAAGUCAAGAAUUAACUUCUGUAUCAAUAACCUCUAUACCAAUAAGUGCAGAAAAUACAUCAGACACAGUCCAAUCUCAUUCAUGAUAAAAGUGCUCAACAGACUGAGAAUAAAAGGGAAUUUUCUCAGCCUGAUACUAAGCAUUUAUGAAAAGUCCACAGCUCACAUCAUAUUAAUAUUUAAUUGUGAAUGACUGGAUCCUUUCCCACUAAAAUCAGGAACAAAACAAGAAUGUGUACUCUUACCACUUCUAUUCAACAUUGUAUUGGAAGUUCUAGCCAGAAAUUAGCCAAGGAAGUGAAAGAAAAGGCAUCCAAGUUGGAAAAAGAGAAGUAAAUUACCUCUAUUUACAGAUAAUAUGACACGGUAUAAAAAGUGAGGGUUGCGCAACCUGCCAAUGUACUAAAAUCUAUUGAAUUAUACCCUUCAAAUGGAUGAAUUGUAUUGCAUAUGGUAUAUGAAGCGUAUCUCAAUGAAGCCAUCUGUUUUCUGUUGUUGUUGUUGCUGCUGUUGUUGUUUGUUUUUUUUUAAGACAGGAUCUUGCUCUAUCGCCCAGGCUGGAGUGUAGCGGUGCAAUCACGGCUUACUGCACCCUCGACCUCCUAGGCUCAAGUGAUCCUCCCAUCUCAGACUCCGAGUAGCUGGGACUACAGUUGCACGUCACCAUACCCAGCUAAGUUUUGUAUUUUUCAUAGAGACUGAGUUUCACCGUAUUGACCAGGCUGAUCUCAAAUUCCUGGGCUCAAGUGAUCAGACUGCGUCAGCCUCCCAAAGUGCUGGGAUUUUAGGCGUGAGCCACUGUGCCUAGCUAAAGCCAUGUUUUUAAAAUGAUAAAAAUAAAGAAU